AUGGAUGAAGCAAGCGCUACGAUAUACCCUGGAGAAGAGCAAGACUCAAAUUGUGCUCAAGACAAUCAGUGGCUGCUUUCUAUACCACAACUCCUCCCCGAAGGAGUGCCAUCGCAAUCAUUCUUCGAUAGCCGCUCUGCAGACCAUCUUCCAGACCUCGAUGACGAAGGAUACAGCGAUGGUGCGAGCAGCCCUACGCCCAGUUCAACGACGAUAAGCUCCACGGUCCACGAGGGUGUCUGGGAGAACAACCGCUGUUACCCAAGCUAUGGUCGCCAUGAGUACGGUUUACCGAUCGAUACAGAGGAACAGAAAAGAAUGGUGCUUCAACAUGAAAAGCAUAAACUUCUGCUUGGAAAACCUUAUCUUGCUCCACUCGGCUCUACACCACAGAAAAUUCUUGAUCUAGCAACAGGGACGGGACUAUGGCCCAUCGAAGUAGCAGAUCAGACACCAUCGGCUCAAGUAAUCGGGGUUGAUAUUGCACCCAUAGCGCCUUUGCUUGUUCCUCCGAACUGCUCAUUCGAGAUUGAUGAUAUUGAGCGGACUUGGAGUUGGUCGAAGAGUAGUUUCGAUUUGAUCCACAUCAGAGAACCCUUAUACUGCAUCCGCGACUGGGACCGACUAUUCAAUCAGAUAUAUACUCACCUCAAACCUGGUGGCUGGGUUGAAAUUGCCUGCACUUACAUGCGACCGAUCCGCAGAGGCGGGAAGUCGGCCAUCACUUCCGAAUUCACACGAAUGUGCGACCAGCUGAUGUCAGCCUCCGAGAUCUUGGGGACUUCUUCGAGGUUUCCUCCACAACUCACCAAGAACUUGCGCAACAGAGGCUUUGUGAAUGUUGUCGAGAAUGUUUUUGAAACCCCUACAACUCCCUAUGCAACCACCGACCUAGAUCAAAAGAUCGGUCUGCUUGAAAUGUUGAACCUAGACAUGGGGACGCCGUCAAUUGGAUUGCGAAUAAUGGAAAGGGCAUUUGGUUGGUCUGAAGCAGAGACUGAAAUGCGUAUGCAGAGUUUUAAGAAGAGCUCAAGGAUGUUGAGGAGGGGAGCAUAUUUUCAAUAG